AUAAAUAAUAUGGCGACCCAAACAUUCAAGCAUGUGUUGUAUCCUGAUGUAACUAUUUCUUUGGCGUUGUUUCGAAACGUUCGAAACGCCAAAGAAAUAAAGCAAGCCGUAAUGGGUGGAAAGCUUGAUGCAUCUCUUUUAAAAGCGUCAAUGGUAAUGGACCCAUUUUUGGUGAUUGUGGCAGCUAAUAAAGCUGUGCAUUCUCAGAAACAAGGGAAGAUGACCACAAAAACAGUCCAUUCAGAAAUUCUUUUCAAUCUGUCCCCAAGCAGAAAGAUCACUGAGUCCUUUAGAAAGUUUGGAAUCGGUGAUAGAGAUGAGUCCCUUCUGGUGGUGGUUGUCCAAAAUGAUCAGAGUGAAAAAACAUGUAAGGCUCUUCAGAGCUUGCGAGAAACAGUGAUUGGUGAGGAAGUGGCUGUUGAUGAGCUGCCGUCAUUAGCAGACAUGAGUGAGAUUGAAAAGGAAUACAAGCUGGCAGACAUAGAGCUCUCAACUUGUUCAGCCUUGGAUGCACUUGUGUCAAGGAUUGCUGCAAAAGACAUCAUUUCUUUGUAAUUUCUGAUUAUUUUAUUUGUAUUUAUAAACACUCGUUGCUAUAUUGUUCUGUAUUUUAAUGAUAUCUCCAUUGAUAAAUAAUAAAUUAAAAUAUUAUAUGAAACAAUCUGUACUUGUUUCUAAAU